GUAAUUGAUGAUGCGGAGAAAUUCUCAGUAUCAAUUGACGCACGAAAUUUUGCGCCCGAUGAAAUCACAGUUAGUAUAGAAGGCAAAGAACUUAAGAUUGGUGCAGUACAUAUUGGCGAUCCAAAGGAUGGUAGAGUUACGAAGCAGUUUGAACGACGCUAUAUCAUACCGAACGAUGUGGUGACGGAUCGUAAUGAAACGAGCGUCAGCCCGGACGGAAUACUUACUGUUACUUUACCCAAAAAACGGCUGCCUCCAUGA